AUGUAUCUAUCUAUCUAUCUAUCUAUCUAUCUAUCUAUCUAUCUAUCUAUCUAUCUAUCUAUCUAUCUCACUCAACUGUUUCCCAGCCUGCUUCUAAAUGCUCUCUUUAUUUCAACUAAGACCAAUAGCAACAUUUAUGUGGAUGCCUCUUCACUGAGAAAGAUAGAAUUCAUUCAUAUCUAUAUAUCUCAGUCUGUUCAUAUCUAUCUAUCUAUCUAUCUAUCUAUCUAUCUAUCUAUCUAUCUAUCUAUCUCAGCCUGUUCAUAUCUAUCUAUCUAUCUAUCUAUCUAUCUAUCUAUCUAUCUAUCUAUCUAUCUAUCUCAGCCUGUUCAUAUCUAUCUAUCUAUCUAUCUAUCUAUCUAUCUAUCUAUCUAUCUCAGCCUGUUCAUAUCUAUCUAUCUAUCCCAGCCUGUUCAUAUCUAUCUAUCUAUCCCAGCCUGUUCAUAUCUAUCUAUCUAUCUAUCUAUCUAUCUAUCUAUCUAUCUAUCUAUCUAUCUAUCUAUCUAUCUUAGUCUGUCUUUAUUCCACUUAUCUCCUAAUCUGUCUCUCUUCUUUCUUUGUCUUUCGUUAGUUCUUUCUUUCUUUCUUUCUUUCUUUCUUUCUUCUACUUUUUGUUUUCUCACUUUGGCCUAUUCUUUUUCUUUCUUUGUUUCUUUCUUUAUUGUUGUCUCACUUUUGCCGACCCUUUUCUUUCUUUUACUUUUUGUCGUCUCACUUUUACCUAUCCUUUUUUUCUUUCUUUCUUUCUUUCUUUCUUUCUUUCUUUCUUUUCUUUCUUUCUUUCUUUUUACUGAUGUUCUCAUGAUUCUCCUUACCCUCACCCCGAACUUGCUGAAAAUAGUUUGCCUGGUUUUCACAUCUAAGCACCAAUUCCUCGCCCCGUUCUUCAUUUCAUCAAUUGCCCUCUUUUCUCAUGAGAUCUUUCUUCAUACUGUUUUUUCUCUACUUUUUUUUCUUUCUUUUCUCCUUCUUUCUUUCUUGUUUUCUUUCAUUCUUUCUUUCUUUCCCGAUUUCCUCUUUCUUUCUUUCCUUUUUUCCUCUUUCUUUCUUUCUUUCUUUCUUUCUUUCUUUCCUGUUUUUCUCUUUUUAUUCUUUCUUUCUUUCAUGUUUUUCUCUUUUUAUUCUUUCUUUCUUUCUUUCUUUCUUGCUUACUUCUACUUUCUUUCUUGUUUGAUUUUCUUUCUUUCUUUCCCGAUUUCCUCUUUCUUUCCUUUUUUCCUCUUUCUUUCUUUCUUUCUUUCUUUCUUUCUUUCUUUCUUUUUUUCUUUUUAUUCUUUCUUCCUUUUUUCUCUUACUUUCUUUUCUUCCUUUCUUUGUUUUUCUUUUUUACUUUCUUUCUUUCUUUGUUUGUUUUUUCUUUUUUCUUUCUUUCUUUCUUUCUUUCUUUCUUUCCUGAUUUCCUCUUUCUCUCUUUUAUUCUUUCUUUCCUCUUUUUCAUUUUUCUUUCUUCCCUCUUUUUCUCUUUUUAUUCUUUCUUUCUUGCUUACUUCUACCUUCUUUCUUUCUUUCUCUGCCUAUCUAUCUCGCUUUUCUGCUCAGUCUUCAUUCUCUUUCUCUCUCUUCAUCUCUCUGUCUUUUCUCUUUCAUCAAUCUUAA